AUAUCAAAAAGAAUUCUCACAGAACACAAAUACAUGUCCGGUUUAUCUUGCUUAAAAGCUAUGUAAUGCUAUUUUCCCCAUAACAACUUCCAAACAUUUAGGGCUACGGUAGACAGAGGAAAAAAACGGUACAAGUACUGCUACAAAGUCCUCGUUUUUAAUUAUUCUCAACAUACGACUCAUCACCACAGCAUUGGAAGUAUUUAUACAUUUCCACCAGUUCAAAUCCUGACCUGAAUGGGUUGUUGAGAAGAAUACAUAACCCUGCCCGGCCGCGAAAACGGUAAUCUUAAUAUUAACAAUCACAGCUAAAAGAUACGGAUUAUUUCGCAUCCUAAGCACUGUAAACAGAAAAGCUUUUAACGAUGUCAGCAAACUAUCAACAGAGCAAACUCCGUUUUCACAGUAUUUAUCACACAUGCAACCGUGAUUGAGCAUGCGCAGUUUCGUAAAUCGAGAGUGACAGGAGGUACCGUAGCUCAGUCACACACCAGUCAGGAUUAUGCGGUGACGAAAGUGGUCCUAUUGCAGUUUUAACUUUUGUUGCACCUUGUAAUCGAAUUUUGCGUUAAAUUACACGUAGUAGUUUCACAAAGAAGGACAUAAUGUGGAUCGGGGAUGCUGAUGAAAGCAAUGUGAUAAACCAAAAGGUACUUGAAGUGAUCAGCCGGAUAACAAGUGGCGGUAGUGUGUUGGUGAGCGUACAGCAGAUGACAUUGUUUCCUACCAUAGUACUUGUAUAGAUCGGCGGAGUUGUACAGUGUUGUUGGACAAAGAUACGCAGUAGCAACGUUGAAACCAGUUAUUAUCUGGUAAUAGGGUUUUCCGACUUAGAUGCAGUGUUUUAUGAAGUUUGGAGACUCCAUGUAUGGCUUUCUUUUUUUGUUAAUUCAUUUAGUGGGAGUGGAAAACUUAGAACAUCUGGAGGAUGGCGGAGGCUGGUUUUCUAACAAGUACUCAGUAACUACAAGGGAGGAAGGCCCAUGUACUGUGGAAAUAAGAGAUGCGUCCUUGACGUAUUCUGAAUUCAUGCGCAGCUAUGCUUAUUCCAAACCAGUAAUAAUCCGAGGAAUUGCAGACAACUCAGAUUUCCGGGCAUUCUGUUCAAAGAAGAAUUUGCUCAGAUGGUAUGGUGAUCGACUGGUCCGUUUAAGUACAGCUAACACAUACUCGUACAAUAAGGAUACACUGUACUUCUUUGGUGACAAUAAUUUCACAGAAUGGAGAUCACUUUUCCAAAAGUACAACGCACCACCUUUCAGUCUCCCUGGUACUGUUGGAGCUUACAGCUUUGGAAUUGCAGGAGCGGGAACAGGUGUACCCUUUCACUGGCAUGGACCAGGAUAUUCUGAAGUUGUGUAUGGCAGGAAGAGAUGGUUUCUGUAUCCUCCAGACAAAAAUCCCAAGUUUCAUCCUAACAGAACUACUCUUUCAUGGCUACUGGACAUAUAUCCAAGCUUGUCUGAGGAGCAGCAUCCCAUACAGUGUACCAUUCAUCCAGGAGAGGUUCUGUAUUUUCCUGAUCGAUGGUGGCAUGCUACCCUGAAUCUUGAUACCAGUGUUUUCAUAUCUACUUUCCUGGGAUAAACUGGAGUGCAUUCCUGAGUGAAAGAACUGGUUACAUUCCUAAUAUGACAUCUUAAAACAUGUUGAACUGCAAACAUAUUUGGACCAUCUUUAAUCCAGUUGCCUGGUGCAUGCUUUUGUGUGAAGAAAAGUUAUUGUUGUACUAUUUGCAAAAAAAAAAAAAAAAAAUUCUCAAGACCCACCUUUAAAACAGUAGAGCAAACGGAACUUUUUGCACAGUAGUGCUUUGCUUUUGUGACCAGAUACAAUAAACUUGUUACAUAAUGUC